AUGGUCUCUAAGUGUUCAAGUAAAAGGAAGAGUCGCAUGUCUCUUACUUUAAAUCAAAAGCUAGAAAUGAUUAAUCUUAGGGAGAAGGGCAUGUCAAAAGCUGAGACAGGCCGAAAGCUAGGCCUCUUGUGCCAAACAGUUAGCCAAGUUGUGAAUGCAAAGGAAAAGUUCUUGAAGAAAGUUAAAAGUGCUACUCCAGUGAACACACGAAUGAUAAGAAAGCAAAACAGCCUUAUUGCUGAUGUGGAAGUUUUAGCAGUCUGGAUAGAAGAUCAAACCAGCCACAACAUUCCCUUAAGUCAAAGCCUAAUCCAGAGCAAGGCCCUAACUCUCUUCAUUUCUAUGAAGGCUGAGAGAGGUGAGGAAGCUGCAGAAGAAAAGUUUGAAGCUAGCAGAGGUUGGUUCAUGAGGUUUAAGGAAAGAAGCCAUCUCCAUAACAUAAAAGUGCAAGGUGAAGCAGCAAGUGCUGAUGCAGAAGCUGCAGCAAGUUAUCCGGAAGAUCUAGCUAAGGUAAUCAAUGAAGGUGGCUACACUAAACAACAGAUUUUCAAUGUAGACAAAACAGCCUUAUAUUGGAGGAAGAUGCCAUCUAGGACUUUCAUAGCUAGAGAGGAGAAGUCAAUGCCUGGCUUCAAAGCUUCCAAGGACAGGCUGACUCUCUUGUUAGGGGCUGAUGCAGCUGGUGACUUUAAGUUGAAGCCAAUGCUCAUGUACCAUUCCAAAAAUCCGAGGGCCCUUAAGAAUUAUGCUAAAUCUGCUCUGCCUGUGCUCUAAAAAUGGAACAACAAAGCCUGGAUGACAGCACAUCUGUUUACAGCAUGGUUUACUGAAUAUUUUAAGCCCACUGUUGAGACCUACUGCUCAGAAAAAAAGACUUUCAAAAUAUUACUGCUCAUUGACAAUGCACCUGGUCACCCAAGAGCUCUGAUGGAGAUGUACAACAAGUUUAAUGUUGUUUUUAUGCCUGCUAACACAACAUCCAUUCUGCAGCCCAUGGAUCAAGGAGUAAUUUUGACUUUCAAGUCUUAUUAUUUAAGAAAUAUAUUUCAUAAGGCUAUAUCUGCCAUAGAUAGUGAUUCCUCUGAUGGAUCUGGGCAGAGUAAAUUGAAAACCUGCUGGAAAGGAUUCACCAUUCUAGAUGCCAUUAAGAACAUUCAUGAUUCAUGGGACUUGGUCAAAAUAUCAACAUUAACAGGAGUUUGGAAGAAGCUGAUUCCAGCCCUCGUGGAUGACUUUGAGGGGUUCGAGACUUCAGUGGAGGAAGUAACUGCAGAUGUGGUGGAAAUAGCGAGAGAACUAGAAUUAGAAGUGGAGCCUGAAGAUGUGACUGAAUUGUUGCAAUCUCAUGAUAAAACUUUAAUGGAUGAGGAGUUGCUGCUUAUGGAUGAGCAAAGAAAGUGGUUACUUGAGAUGGAAUCUACUCCUGCUGAAGAUGCAGUGAACAUUGUUGAAAUGACAACAAAGGAUUUAGAGUAUUACAUAAACUUAGUUGAUAAAGCAGUGGCAGGGUUUGAGAGGAUUGACUCCAAUUUUGAAAGAAGUUCUAUUGUGGGUAAAAUGCUAUCAAACAGCAUUGCAUGCUACAGAGAAUUCUUUCGUGAAAGGAAGAGUCAAUUUAUGUGGCAGACUUCAUCGUUGUCUUAUUUUAAGAAACUGCCAUAGCCACACCAACCUUCAGCAACCACCACCCUAAUCAGUCAGCAGCCAUCAACAUUGAGCGACCCUCCAUCAGCACAAAGAUUACGACUCGCUGAAGGCUCAGAUGAUGGUUAG